UCUGCUCUGAGGGCCGAGAAGGCAAAGAGGAGGAGGAGAACACACUUUGCCUUCUCUUUGGCAUCAAGUGAUAUCAGAAGAAUUACAGACAUCCCAACAAUUUGGCCAGGCAGCCUGCUGAGCAAGGUAACUCAGCCAUCAUGGCUGUCUCUUUGCCACCCGCCCUGGGACUCAGUUCCGCCCCAGAUGAAAUUCAGCACCCGCAUAUGAAAUUUUCAGAAUGGAAAUUUAAGCUCUUCAGGGUGAGAUCUUUUGAAAAGGCACCUGAAGAAGCUCAAAUAGAAAAGAAAAUUUCCUCCGAGGGGAAACCCUCUCUGGAGCAAUCCCCAGCAGUCCUGGAUGAGGCUGAUGGUCAGAAGCCAGCCCUGAGUCAACCGGCAUUAAAAGCUCACCCUACGUUUUCAAAGAAAUCCCAUGAUGAUGGGAAAGCAGGAGACAAAGCAAUCCACCAAGCCAACCUUCGCCAUCUCUGCCGUAUCUGUGGGAAUUCUUUUAAAACUGAUGGGCACAAUAGGAGCUAUCCAGUCCAUGGGCCAGUGGAUGGUAAAACCCAAGUCCUUUUACGAAAGAAGGAAAAGAGAGCCACUUCCUGGCCAGACCUCAUUGCCAAGGUUUUCCGGAUUGAUGUGAAAGCAGACGUUGACUCGAUCCACCCCACUGAAUUCUGCCACAGCUGCUGGAACAUCAUGUACAGGAAGUUUAGCAGUGCCCCGUGUGAAGUUAACUUCCCAAGGAAUGCACCCAUGGAGUGGCAUCCCCACACGCCAUCCUGUGACAUCUGCCAUGCUGCCUGCCGGGGACUCAAAAGGAAGAGUCAUCAGCCAAAUGUGCAGCUCAGCAAAAAACUCAAAACCGCGGUUGCCCGAGCGAGAAGAGCCCGUCGGCACAAGAAAAGAGCUCAGGCAAGGAUCAGCAGCAAGGAAGUGAUGAAGAAGAUCUCCAAGUGCAGUGACAUUCAUCUUAGUACCAAGCUUCUUGCGGUGGACUUCCCGGCACACUUUGUGAAAUCUAUCUCCUGCCAGAUUUGUGAACACAUCCUGGCUGACCCUGUGGAGACCAGCUGUAAGCACGUAUUUUGCAGGAUUUGCAUUCUCAGGUGCCUCAAAGUCAUGGGCAGCUAUUGUCCCUGUUGCCAAUAUCCCUGCUUCCCUACCGACCUGGAGAGUCCAGUGAAGUCCUUUGUGAGCAUCUUGAACUCCCUCAUGGUGAGAUGUCCAGCAAAAGAGUGCAAUGAGGAGGUCAGCUUGGAAAAAUAUAACCACCAUGUCUCAAGCCACAAGGAGUCAAAAGAGACUUUUGUGCAUAUUAAUAAAGGGGGUCGGCCCCGCCAGCAUCUCCUGUCCUUGACGCGAAGGGCUCAGAAGCAUCGCCUGAGGGAGCUCAAGCUGCAAGUGAAGGCUUUCGCCGACAAGGAAGAAGGUGGAGAUGUGAAGUCUGUGUGUCUGACCUUGUUCCUGCUGGCACUGAGGGCGAGGAAUGAGCACAGACAAGCCGACGAGCUGGAGGCCAUCAUGCAGGGACGGGGCUCUGGCCUGCAGCCAGCUGUGUGCUUGGCCAUCCGUGUCAACACCUUCCUCAGCUGCAGUCAGUACCACAAGAUGUACAGGACUGUGAAAGCCAUCACAGGGAGGCAGAUUUUUCAGCCUUUGCACGCCCUUCGGAAUGCUGAGAAGGUCCUCCUGCCAGGCUACUACCCCUUUGAGUGGCAGCCACCUCUGAAGAACGUGUCUUCCAGCACUGACGUCGGCAUUAUUGAUGGCCUGUCUGGACUGUCCUCCUCUGUGGACGAUUACCCGGUGGACACCAUUGCCAAGCGGUUCCGCUACGACUCGGCUUUGGUGUCUGCUUUGAUGGACAUGGAAGAAGAUAUCCUGGAAGGCAUGAGAGCCCAAGACUUGGAUGACUACCUGAAUGGCCCCUUCACCGUCGUGGUGAAGGAGUCUUGUGACGGCAUGGGAGAUGUGAGUGAGAAGCAUGGGAGCGGGCCAGCAGUUCCAGAAAAGGCGGUUCGCUUUUCGUUCACAGUCAUGAAGAUUACUGUAGCGCACGGCUCAGAAAACGUGAAGGUAUUUGAGGAGGUCAAACCUAACUCUGAACUGUGUUGCAAGCCCUUGUGCCUCAUGCUGGCAGACGAGUCUGACCACGAGACGCUGACGGCCAUCUUGAGCCCUCUCAUUGCCGAGAGGGAGGCCAUGAAGGCCAGCAACUUAGUGCUGGAGAUGGGAGGCAUCCUUCGGACUUUCAAGUUCAUCUUCAGGGGCACUGGGUACGAUGAGAAGCUUGCCCGGGAAGUUGAAGGCCUCGAGGCUUCUGGCUCAGUCUACAUUUGUACCCUUUGUGAUGCCACCCGCCUGGAGGCCUCUCAAAAUCUUGUCUUCCACUCCAUAACCAGAAGCCAUUCUGAGAACCUGGAGCGCUACGAGGUCUGGCGUUCCAACCCGUACCACGAGUCUGUGGAAGAACUGCGGGAUCGCGUGAAAGGAGUCUCAUCGAAACCUUUCAUUGAGACCGUCCCUUCCAUAGAUGCACUCCACUGUGACAUUGGCAAUGCGGCUGAGUUCUACAAGAUUUUCCAGCUAGAGAUAGGGGAGGUGUACAAGAAUCCCAAUGCCUCCAAAGAGGAAAGGAAAAGGUGGCAGGCUACGCUGGACAAGCAUCUCCGGAAGAAGAUGAACCUGAAGCCAAUCAUGAGGAUGAAUGGCAACUUUGCCAGGAGGCUCAUGACCAAAGAAACAGUUGAAGCAGUCUGUGAAUUAAUCCCCUCCGAGGAGAGGCACGAAGCUCUCAGGGAGCUGAUGGACCUUUACCUGAAGAUGAAACCUGUGUGGCGAUCGACAUGUCCUGCUAAAGAGUGCCCAGAAUCCCUCUGCCAGUAUAGUUUCAAUUCACAGCGUUUUGCUGAGCUCCUCUCUACCAAGUUCAAGUAUAGAUAUGAGGGCAAAAUCACCAAUUACUUUCACAAAACCUUGGCACACGUGCCUGAAAUUAUUGAGAGAGACGGCUCCAUUGGGGCAUGGGCAAGCGAGGGAAAUGAAUCUGGCAACAAACUGUUCAGGCGCUUCCGAAAAAUGAAUGCCAGACAGUCCAAGUGCUACGAGAUGGAAGAUGUCUUGAAACAUCACUGGUUGUAUACCUCCAAAUAUCUGCAGAAGUUUAUGAACGCUCAUAACGCGUAUAGAAACUCUGGGUUUACCUUAAACUCGCAGCCAGGCGUGGGGGACCCAAUAGGCCUAGAGGACUCUCUGGAAACUCAAGAUUCGAUGGAUUUUUAAGCAGGGCAGCUGCCUUUGUGUUGGUUUUGCAAAUAAGUUUUCUUCUGGGUUGCACUGAGACCUUCUCCUGGCACCCUUCACUUCUGUGUGUGGGGCUUCACCACCCGAGCAGUGGUAGAUGGGAGAGGCCAGAGGUGCCAAAUCCAUGUCAGCAAUGGAUAACUGAUGAGCUGAGUGCUUGAGCCGUUUAGGGAGUUCAGGAAAGCAACAGGAGAAAUCAGUUAUUUGGAAGCUCAAUAACUCAGAACAGGAGUAACUGCAGGGGCCCAGAGAUGAACCAAGAUGUGCGUGUGUGACUGAGUGCCGUGGAAAAUCAAAGCUAAGGUUGUCAAAGAAAUAGCCAGGGAAGUCAGGAAAGGGAUUUGUCUUGUGGUUUGCAUUCCCCACCCCCUCAAUUUAUUAUUCUUUGUAUUGAGAUAUAAGUGGUUUUUUUUAAAUACCAUUUCUAUAGAAUUCUUUAUUUUAUAAAUUUCACAGAUCUUGGCUUAUUCCACAGGAUUCAAAAAUCUUUAAGAGCUUUUCAGAUUUCGCUGAUAAUAACAUCUUACACUUGUAUGGCAUGGUGACCUUUACAAAGUGCUCAGUGCAUUUUCUCAUUUGGUAUUUUUAUGCAGAAAUACCCUACAUCCAGAAAAUUUUUGGAAAAUCAGCCUUCUUCUGAGUCUCAAUGAUGUCAAUGUCGAGUGACCUUAAGGGGCUUAGGGGGUCAUCUGCCACCGUGAAUUUUUCAAUAAUAAAGUUGAAAGAAUAAAACUGUUAGCUACAGUUAGUCAUGAAAUCUUCUGAUAAUACAUUUUUCUUAUCUAUCAGUAGCCAAAUAUGAUUUUUAUUUUUACUUCUUAAUUUCAAUUAGAGUCUCCAAUGCUUUUCUAUAUAAUCUUGAAGCCUUUUAAAAUCUGGGUUUACUUACUGUAUAAAAACAGAUCUAAUGUUUUACUGAAAAAUUUUUGCCAGAUUUUCUCCAUGUGAAACCGGGGUCAAUUUUACUAAAUCCAGAUUUCAUGGAGUCUUUCCCUCUG